ACUUCAAUAUGUAUGAGCUAUGAUUGUUGAUUUAUUAUCAGGCGUGGGUGUAAGUCGACAUAUUGGUCAGACCUGCUGUCAUAACUUCGUGCGACGCGUUUCGAUUCACUCCCAGAAAGUCAACCGUAAAUGCGAGGAACGAUGCAGUUUCAACAUGCGUUCGAUAAACUCACAGGAAAGUCUAUCGGACGCUGACGUUGGACUUUGCAAUAACGAAAACCACAUCGAUCCAGAAGGUAAAAGCGAUUGCCAUAAGGAAAAAAUGCUAACAUUUCAAACAGUACAUGUUUGCGUAUCGCCUACAAGAGGAUCUGGGAUCCCGGAGAUUAUAUUCAGAGCUGCCGACCGUCAAGGCAGUGAGACAAAAAGCUUCGGCCGCUUAAGCAUCUUAAAUGCGCUGUUUAGCAAGUUUGGAGAUCCAAGAUAUGACAAACAUAUAAGGAAAAUAAAAACACCGAAUUAACGGUGACCAGUUUAGUUAGUAGAAGUUUAAAAUACG